AUGGAAGCGAUAAAGCAAGUAUUCACAACAUGCAAGGCCGAGGGCCGCACUGCCCUGGUGACCUAUGUCACCGCUGGAUUUCCUACAACUCGCGAGACACCUGAGAUCAUGCUUUCCAUGCAAGCUGGAGGCUCAGAUAUCAUCGAGCUCGGUAUUCCCUUCACAGAUCCUCUCACCGAUGGCCCAGCGAUCCAGAAGUCACAUGCUCAAGCACUUGUCAAUGGUGUUCGAAUCCCUACAAUGAUGCAAAUGGUGCGAGAUGCCCGCAGUCUGGGAUUGACUGCCCCGGUGCUACUCAUGGGGUACUACAACCCCGUGCGUGCAUACGGCGAGGCAAAGUUUUUGAAAGACUGCCGAGCAGCUGGAGUGAAUGGAUUCAUUAUCGUGGAUCUGCCUCCCGAGGAAGCCGUUCGAUUCAGGAAUUUGUGCAAAAUUGAGGAAUUAUCAUACAUUCCCCUCGUUUCACCAUCGACAACCGACAGUCGUAUGGCGAUGCUCUGCAGUAUCGCUGACUCCUUCAUCUAUGUUGCCUCCAAGAUGGGGGUGACUGGGGUAGCUCGAGCGCUGGAUACCGGAUUGGAGGAGCUUCUGAGCCGAGUGCACCGCUACACCAAAGGCUCUGUACCAGCUGCGGUUGGAUUUGGGAUCAGCACACGCGAGCACUUUCUUGACGUUGCUAAUUUUGCGGAAGGAGUCAUCAUCGGCAGUAAAAUCAUCGAGGUGCUUCAAGAAGCGCCUAAAGGUACUGGCGCUGACAAGGUCAAAGAGUACUGUCUCAAUGUUUCAGGUCGCAAAGAGCCUCGGAGCAUCAUACCUCUUCAAGACUCCAAAACUGGCACCUCAGCGGCAGGUCAGCAGAGCAUCGAACCGGAGAUCGCACUCGGAGAACAAAAACAUGCCGCGCCGAUGGGCGACAACACCCGAUUCGGCCAGUUCGGUGGCCAAUAUGUGCCCGAGGCCCUGAUGGAAUGCCUCACCGAACUAGAGACCGGCUUCAAUAAGGCGUCCGCCGAUCCAACCUUCUGGGAAGAGAUUCGCUCCUACGCCUCAUACACCAAUCGCCCUUCCUCUCUCCACCAAGCCUCUCGUCUUAGCAAGCAUGCCGGCGGUGCUCGCAUCUGGCUAAAGCGAGAGGACCUGAACCACACCGGCAGCCACAAAAUUAACAAUGCGCUUGGACAGGUCCUCCUCGCACGACGACUUGGAAAGACAUCCAUCAUUGCCGAGACGGGUGCGGGUCAGCACGGAGUAGCCACCGCGACACUUUGUGCACUACUCGGUCUUAAGUGCACGAUUUUCAUGGGAGCAGAGGACGUGGAACGGCAAGCGUUGAAUGUAUUCCGGAUCAAGCUGCUCGGUGCAACGGUCAUUCCUGUGCCUGGGGCACAUCCCGGUGAUGGAGGCACGCUUCGAGACGCGGUGAAUCAAGCCUUUAGAACCUGGGUUACUGAUCUCAAGACGACGCAUUUCGUUAUCGGGUCUGCCUUCGGACCGCAUCCCUACCCGACUAUUGUUCGCACUUUCCAGUCUGUUAUUGGGGAGGAGACCCGCUCGCAGUUUAUGGAGGAGAUGAAUGGGAAGCUUCCUGAUGCAGUCGUUGCUUGCGUUGGCGGAGGGUCAAAUGCGGCGGGGAUGUUUUAUCCUUUCUUGAAGGAUAGCUCGGUGAAGCUUGUUGGCGUUGAGGCCGGCGGUGAUGGCUCUUCAAAUGGUCGCCAUGCAGCGACUCUGGCUAGAGGCUCAGUGGGUGUGUUGCACGGCGUAAAGACGUACGUUCUUCAGGAUGAUGACGGGCAAAUCAUUUCAACACAUUCGGUAUCGGCUGGGUUGGAUUAUCCUGGGGUUGGUCCUGAGCUGUCUAGUUGGAAGGAGUCUGACCGGGCUACCUUUGUAGCUGCUGAUGAUAAGGAAGCCCUCGAUGCGUUCCGACUUUUGAGCGAAACUGAGGGGAUUAUUCCUGCCCUGGAAAGCGCGCAUGCCGUCGCUGGUGCUGUGAAGAUAGCCAAGGAUCUUGGCCCUGACAAAGAUCUUGUGAUUUGUCUGAGUGGAAGGGGAGACAAGGAUGUAGAGCAAGUUUCUAAGAUGCUGCCCGAAUUGAUGUCUGCUGGGGUGAAUUAG